AUGGGGAUAUAUUAUAAAUUUGCUUUUUUAAUCUACUUUUAUUUUAAUAAUGUAAAGGCCAUAAUUAAUCCUCAAGAGGAGUUUAUGGAUAGAUUUAAUAUAAAAAAGAAUCAUGUAAAUAUAAGAUGGGAAAAUAAUGGUAAAUAUGGAGAAGGAAAUUUCAAAUAUGAAAUAGAUGAUGACUAUGAUGUAUAUUCUAGAAUUGGUACAUUAAAAAAAUUAGGUACAUGCCCAUAUCAUGAAAAACCAGGAGUAUAUAGAGGGAGUUGCCCCAAUUAUGGAAAAACCUUUUUAAUGGAUUUCCAAAAAAAUACAUAUAACGAAGAUUUUUUAAAUGAAAUUAGUUUUGGAAUUUUGAAUAAAAAAUUAAAACGAGAGAUUGAAAUCCCACCUUCAAAGAGUGGAUUAGCAAUGUACCAGGGUUCUUUUGUGCGUUGUCCUAAUAACAAAAAUCAUAGUUUGCUUAUAAAAGAGGAAAAAGAAUAUGAUAUGUGUUUUCAAAGUUUCUAUAACCGUCUUUUAUCUACAAAAGUUAAAACAAAAAAUUUAAGGAAUAACUUUUUAUAUUUUAGUUCUCAUGGACUAGGGGGUCGAUUAGGUUCUAAUAUUGAAUAUCCCUUACACAAUUAUGAUCCAACAGAAAAUUAUGUAACUAAAAAAAUGUUAAAUCCACAUAUAAUAAAUACUUUGUCUGAUUGUUCCAUUUAUUCGCAUUGCAUAGGUCCAUGCCUUGAAAAAGAUUUAGAUAAUAAAUGCUUUCGUAGUUUACCUGUUAUUUUUAAUCAUAAAACAAAAGAAUGUGUUAUAUUAGGAACUCACGAACAAUACAGAGUUAACAAUUGUCUACAUAAUAAUUCAAGGAGUCGUGAAAGAUGUUUUUUACCAACGAAACAAGAACAAGGAAAAGAAUGGACUUAUGCAUCUUCCUUUUUACGUCCAGACUAUAAGACAAAAUGUCCUCCGAGAUUUCCAUUAAAUAAUACAGAAUUUGGUUAUUUUAACUACAGUACUGGAGAGUGUGAAAGUGCUAGAAAACGUCAUGAAAACUAUAGAACUUCCUUUAAAGAAUGUAUUGAACGAUUAUUCUAUUCUUCUCCAGAAUAUGAUGAUAGAAGGAAGAAACAAUAUUUAUGGGGAGUUUGGAUUUUAGAUUCCACAAAUGAAAAACUAAAUUCAAUGAAUGAUUUUGGAACAUGUUCCCUUUUUGAUGAAAUGCCAACAUGCUUAUUAAAAAAAAAAAAUCAUUACUCUUUUACUUUCUUAACAGUAAAUUCUUUUGAUCCUAAUCAAAAUAUAACAUACCCAGAUAUAGAAAGAAAUGUGUUACAAAAGGAUAAAGAAACCAUUAAUAAUAAGGACAUAAUUACAAAAAAUGAUGAAAACACAAGAAUAAUAGAUGAAAAUGAUGCAAAAACAAAGAAAAAAGGAAGAAAUUAUAAACCAGUAAAUCAAUCAGUUAUACUUCCAUCUUCUGGAAACCAACAAGAAAAUAAGGAAUCUACUCACAUGACUCAGGCUCAAAGUGGUCAUAUAUCUAACUCUCAAAUUAACCUACCGCAGUCUCAAAAUAAUUACCUACUACAUUUUCAAGAUAAACAUAAAAACCACCACCAAAGGUAUCGUAUAUCUCAAUCUCAAAAUAAUAACAUGAAUUUCCCUCAAGAAGAUCGACUAAAUGAUCCAACAAAUAGACUUAAAAAUACUAAAUCAAAAGAUAAUCCUCAAGAAAAAUUUAUGGAAAAAUUUGAUAUACCAAGUAAUCACAUCUACAUCGAAUGGAAAAAACAAGGGAAAUACGGAGAAGGUAAUUUUAGAUAUGAAAUAAUAUCAAAUAAUACUGCUGGUAUUAAUAAAUCGUUUUUAGUUGAUAAAAAUAAAGAAAUAUGUCCAAAUCAUACUACUCCAGGAAAGGCACAAGGAAGUUGUCCUAAUUAUGGUAAAACUAUUGUGGUUGAUACCAUUGAAAAUUCAAAAGAUAGUAUGAUUGCUGAUUUAAAUUUUUUAAAUGAAAUACAUACAGGUUAUCUCAACAAAAAGAUUAACAGUAAUGUAGAACUUUCUUAUGAAAACAGCGGGAUUGCCAUGCAUCAUGGUGUAGAUGAUUCUUGCCCAAAAAAUAAUGUGGAUGAGGAGUUGUUUAAAAAUAAGAGUGAUUACAAUUAUGACAUGUGUAAAUCCCAUGUAUUUUCUGAACGUGUAAUUAUGAAGGAAUAUGACAAAAUAUCAAAAAAAUUUAAGCAUUAUGGCCUUUAUGGUUUAGGUGGGAGAUUAGGUUCCCAUAUUAAAAAUGGAGAAAAAGUUGAUGGAAACAAUUUAACUUUACCAAUGAAAAACCCAUCGUUAAUAAAAAAUUUGUUUGAUUGUUCCAUAUAUACAUACUGUGUAGGACCUUGCUUAGAAAAUUCAUAUGAAAAUAGGUGUUUUCGUAAUUUACCUGCCUUAUAUAAUCAUUCUACAAAGGAAUGUGUUAUACUAGGUACACAUGAACAAGAAAGAAUUCAUGAAUGUAAGAAACAUAAAGAGGAUACAAAUGUCCCUAAUUGUCAAACUGUUAGAAAAACAAAAAGUUUAAAAGAUUGGACAUUUGUAACGUCAUUUAUUAGACCUGAUUAUGAAAAAAAAUGUCCUCCAAGGUUCCCUCUAAAUUCCAAAGUUUUUGGAAUAUAUGAUAAAAAUACAGGGAAAUGUAAAAGCUUAAUGAAGGAGAAAUAUAUUGUUAAUAUUGAAAAUUUUUAUUCAUGUUUAGAAUAUUUGUUUUUAUCUUCGUCAGAUAGUCUAUACCCUGAUGUUAAAUAUAACUUUUGGGGAAUAUGGGUUUCAGACAAUCCCAUUAAUAAAGAAAAUAUUACUAUGGCUAAAGGAAGAUGUUAUCACAUUAAUGUAAAACCAACAUGUGUUAUACAUAAAGACAAUCAUUUUUCUUUUACUCCACUUACAGCAAAUGCAAUUGAUUUUGAACAAAAUCUUGAUAUACCAAAUGUUGAAGAAUUAUUAAUUAACGAGACAAAAAAUGGUUUACUAAAUCAAACAAAAUAUAAUGCAGAAAAUGGAGUUAAGAAUCUUUUAAGUUAUGAAAAAAUAGGAGCUCGAAUUUCAAAGGAAGAAGAAGCUGAGAAAGCUGAAGAAGCAAGAAAAGUUGAAGAAGCAAGAAAAGAGGAAGAAGCAAGAAAAGCUGAAGAAAAAAGAAAGGCGGAAGAAGCAAGAAAAGCUGAAGAAAAAAGAAAGGCAGAAGAAGCAAGAAAAGCCGAAGAAAAAAAAAAGGCGGAAGAAGCAAGAAAAGCUGAAGAAAAAAGAAAGGCAGAAGAAGCAAGAAAAGCCGAAGAAAGAAAAAGGGCAGAAGAAGCAAGAAAAGCUGAAGAAAAAAAAAAGGCAGAAGAAGCAAGAAAAGCUGAAGAAAAAAAAAAGGCAGAAGAAGCAAGAAAAGCAGAAGAAGCAAGAAAAGCUGAAGAAGCAAGAAAAGCUGAAGAAGCAAGAAAAGCUGAAGAAGCAAGAAAAGCUGAAGAAAAAAUAAAGGCAGAAGAAGCAAGAAAAGCUGAAGAAAGAAGAAAGGCAGAAGAAUCAAGAAAAGCCGAAGAAAAAAGAAAAGCUGAAGAAAAAAAAAAGGCAGAAGAAGUAAGAAAAGCCGAAGAAAAAAAAAAGGCGGAAGAAGCAAGAAAAGCUAGAAAAAAGAAAGGCAGAAGAAGCAAGAAAAGCGAAGAAGCAAGAAAAGCUGAAGAAGCAAGAAAAGCUGAAGAAAAAAUAAAGGCAGAAGAAGCAAGAAAAGCUGAAGAAAAAAAAAAGGCAGAAGAAGCAAGAAAAGCUGAAGAAGCAAGAAAAGAGGAAGAAGCUAGAAAAGCUGAAGAAGCAAAAAAUGCUGAAAAAGCAAAAAAAGAUGAAGAAGCAAGAAAAAUUGAAGAAGCAAGAAAAGCUGAAGAAAAAAGAAAGGCGGAAGAAGCUAGAAAAGCUGAAGAAGAAAGAAAAGCUGAAGAAGCAAAAAAAGAAGAAGAGAGAAAGAAGGAAGAAGCUAGAAAAGCUGAAGAAGCUAGAAAAGCUGAAGAAGCUAGAAAAGCUGAAGAAGCUAGAAAAGCUGAAGAAACUAGAAAAGCUGAAGAAGCUAGAAAAGCUGAAGAAGCUAGAAAAGCUGAAGAAGCUAGAAAAGCUGAAGAAGCUAGAAAAGCUGAAGAAGCUAGAAAAGCUGAAGAAGCUAGAAAAGCUGAAGAAGCUAGAAAAGCUGAAGAAGCUAGAAAAGCUGAAGAAACUAGAAAAGCUGAAGAAGCUAGAAAAGCUGAAGAAGCAAGAAAAGAGGAAGAAGCAAGAAAAGAGGAAGAAGAUAGAAAAGCUGAAGAAGAAAGAAAGGAGGAAGAAGCAAGAAAAGCUGAAGAAGCAAGAAAAGAGGACGAAGCAAGAAAAGAGGACGAAGCAAGAAAAGAGGAAGAAGCAAGAAAAGCUGAAGAAGCAAGAAAAGAGGAAGAAGCAAGAAAAGAGGAAGAAGCAAGAAAAGAGGAAGAAGCAAGAAAAGCUGAAGAAGCAAGAAAAGAGGAAGAAGCAAGAAAAGAGGAAGAAGCAAGAAAAGAGGAAGAAACAAGAAAAGAGGAAGAAGCAAGAAAAGAGGAAGAAGCAAGAAAAGAGGAAGAAGCAAGAAAAGAGGAAGAAGUUAGAAAAGCUGAAGAAGCAAGAAAAGAGGAAGAAGCUAGUAAAGCUGAAGAAGCUAGAAAAGAGGAAGAAGCAAAAAAAGUAGAAGAUGAGAAUUUGGUUAUACCUAAACAUACAGAGUAUAGUAUUCGUUCAGAAAUGGAAAAUAACUAUGCUUCUGGAAAACCAACACCAGAAGAUAAUAUUAAGGAAAAAUAUGAUUUUAGAUUAAUUUUAGAUAAUAAUUCCCAAGAUUUAGAUUCUCAACUAAAAGAAGAUACUGAUCGACUUAAUUAUAAACCAAUUAAAUCAGCAAAUAUGGAUAAUCAGAAUUUUAAUAUGAAUUCUAUGCCUAAUGUAGAAGUAAAUUCUAAAGAUGAUUCACGUUUACAUUUUACUGAUUCAGAAGGGAUGGAAGAAAAAAAAAUAAUAGAAGAAAAUUUUGAUAGUCAAGGUUCUGAUAAGGAAUUAUCUAAUAAUAAUGAUGUUAGUUAUGUGAAAUAUAAUGUUUCAGACUAUAAGUCAAGAGAUAUUAAUAAAACAAGAGAGGAAAUAAUAAGUUUAUCAAAAGAAAACAAGUGUAAUAAUGAAAUUUCAUCAAAAUAUUGUGAAUUCAUAAAGAAAAGUAUCUCUUCAGGUUUUUGUUCUAAUGAAGAAAGAGAACAUUUGUGUUGUUCAAUUUCAGAUUAUUGCUUAAGAUUCUUUGAUCAUAAUUCAAAUGAAUAUUACGACUGCACUAAAAAAGAAUUUUCUGAUCCAUCAUACAGAUGUUUUAAAAAAACUGAAUUUUCAAAAAUGGCUUAUUUUGCUGGAGCAGGAAUAGCACUGAUACUCCUAUUUGCCAUUGGUUCAAAAAUUAUCAUAGGAAAAUCAUUUGAAGAAGCUACAAUUGAUGAAUUUGAAGGAGAUUAUGAUAAAGUUUACACAUUAGCAAUGAUAUCUAAGGAACAAAUGCAGAGAUCAAACCUUUCAGAUUAUGCUGAAUAUAGCUCUGAUAAAUGA